AUGAAUAAACGUGAGGGUACCAAGGACAAGGAACGUCAGAGCGACGACAAAAGAACUUCCACUUGUUUAGAUAUAAAGCUUCCCGUACACUGUUGCAGCGCGACCGGUGCGGUGGGCGGGCGCGGCGUUGGUGGAGGCAGCACCAUGCACACGUCGCGACACUCCGUUACCUCGUCCUCGGGCGUCCUUAUGGUCGGGCCAAACUUCCGAGUCGGGAAGAAGAUCGGCUGCGGGAACUUUGGCGAGCUUAGGCUCGGUAAAAAUCUAUACAACAAUGAACACGUAGCUAUUAAGAUGGAACCUAUGAAGUCGAAGGCUCCACAACUACAUCUAGAGUACAGAUUUUACAAGUUAUUAGGAACCCACGCGCCUUCAACGGCCGAAGGGAUUCCGGAGGUGUAUUAUUUCGGGCCGUGCGGUAAAUACAAUGCAUUGGUUAUGGAACUACUCGGACCCUCGCUAGAAGACCUGUUCGAUCUAUGCGGCAGACGGUUCUCUUUAAAGACAGUCUUGAUGAUAGCCAUGCAACUCUUGCACCGCAUCGAAUACGUUCACACUAGACAUCUUAUAUACAGGGAUGUGAAGCCGGAGAAUUUUUUAAUAGGUAGAACUACGAGUAAAAGAGAAAAAAUCAUACACAUCAUUGAUUUCGGUUUGGCCAAAGAAUAUAUAGAUUUAGAGACAAACAAACAUAUCCCAUAUCGGGAACACAAGUCACUGACGGGGACCGCGAGAUAUAUGUCGAUAAAUACACAUUUAGGAAAAGAACAAUCUAGACGCGACGACCUCGAAGCAUUGGGACAUAUGUUUAUGUAUUUUUUACGUGGCUCGUUACCGUGGCAGGGUUUAAAAGCUGAUACACUCAAAGAAAGAUACCAAAAAAUCGGUGACACAAAAAGAGCGACGCCCAUAGAGGUGUUGUGCGAGGGUCACCCAGAGGAGCUAGCGACCUAUUUACGUUACGUACGUAGAUUGGAUUUCUUCGAAACGCCAGAUUACGAUCAACUAAGACGUAUGUUCAGAGAUCUGUUCGAGAGACGGGGUUAUGUGGAUGAUGGGGAAUUUGACUGGACCGGCAAAACUAUGCCCGCGAACAUGCACGUUAUGCGCAUAUUGCGUAACGCGCCCCCCUCCAAUAUCGUUAGAAAUAAAUCCGACAAGUCAACUCCAGUGGGAUCUAUUCAAACUGGUCAUCAGGAGAUAGUUGUUUCACCAAACAGGGAUAGACAUCAGCCUUUCCAUAAGGAUGAUUUGUGUGAUUAUAUUAUGGGUUUGGUUGUGGACGAUGAGGCGGCGCUUAUAUCUGAGGUUAAAGAUUCCGGUACUGGUGGAACGACUAAUACCGGCAACUGGCCACAUAGUGGAAAGGCAACACCCAUCACAACUGGACACCUCACACCCGCUGAUAGGCACGGAUCAGUACAGGUGGUGUCGUCUACUAACGGCGAGCUAGGGGCCGACGACCCUACAGCCGGUCACAGCAACACCCCAAUAACACACCACGAGGUCGACGUUGUGGACGACACCAAGUCAGUGUUACAACUGCAAUCCGUUUAUUCCAGGUGCUGUUGUUUCUUCAAACGCAAAAAGAAGAAGUGCGCGACCCGCGCGUACAAGUGA